AUGCACUCUAACGCCUACUCAUCCUUGGAUGAUCAUCAAGUUUCCUAUAAGGUCAGGAAUGAGUAUGGCAUCUUCAAUGGUGUAGCUAUUUCUGUCCUCUCAGCCCAUGAUGGCAACGAUUUAGCAGUCAUCCCCACUAUCAAAAAUGUCUGGCCGAUCCGUUUAUACUCAAUUCCAAAGCCUCGCCCUUCUGCCAUCAAUGCUACGGACCCAGCAGCAGCCUCCUACCACUCUAUGACAGGCGUUGAUAUUGUCCACCGUAAGCUGAAGUUGACAGGUAGAGGCGUCAAAAUUGGGGUGAUCGAUUCUGGCAUCGAUUACAACCACCCAGCCUUCGCAGCCCGUGGUGCCACCAAGGGGUGCUUUGGGAAGAACUGCCGUAUUGCGUAUGGAUGGGAUUUUGCAGGGGAUGAGUACAAUGGUGGCAACGAGCCCACGCCUGGGCCAAAUCCUAUGGACUGCCAAGGCCAUGGCACACAUGUUGCAGGUAUUAUCGGAGCGGAUGCUCUGAACAUCAAGUCCAGCCUUAAGCCUCCACAGCCAUUUGUAGGCGUGGCACCUGAGGUGACUUUGGGCGCGUAUCGUGUCUUUGGGUGUACAGGUAGUACCACAGAUGAUCUAAUCAUGGCUGCAAUGGAGCGCGCAUACCACGACGGUAUGGAUCUGAUCAAUAUGUCCUUAGGCGGAGGAUCGGCUUUCAAAAGUAAUCCACCAGCUGUGCUUGGCGAUAAACUGAUUGCUAGAGGGAUGGCCAUUAUUGUAGCAGCUGGUAACGAUGGAGAACAUGGUGUCUGGAUGGUCUCAGACUCAAGCCUUGGUGAUCUCUCUACUUCUGUGGGCUCCUUUGAUAACAUUGUUGGUACUUAUGCUUACUUCACAUACGCUGGAGGUAGAUACUCUUAUGUGCCUUCAGAUGCCUAUGGCAAGGCCAUCAACCUCCCUAUUUCUGCCACUUUAGUCCCUGUGCUCCAUCAGAACGGUACACUUGCGGACGGAUGCAACGCGGACGCAUACGGAGGCUUAAAUGUCAAGGGGAAGGUUGUCCUCGUCCUCGGAGAUCUCGCCCGCUGCAAGUCUGGUGACCGCGGUACGAUCGCCAAAGAGGCUGGUGCAGCUGGCAUUCUGAUUCAGACCAUCCCUUUUGGCUUGGGAGGCGUCGGUGGCAUCCCGGAGUUCCCUAUGGCAUCCAUUGAAUACAAGACCGGCACAGAGCUGAUCGCCGCUUACAAACAAGACUCUCAACACAGGCUCACUUGGAGUAAGACACCAGCCAGCUUCUGGGUCGAGGGCGGCGGUCGACCAUCAAGCUUCUCUUCCCUUGGUGUGGAUGGUGAUCUACGAUCCAAGCCCGAUGUUUCGGCUCCUGGUGGGAACAUCUUAUCGGCUUUCCCUCUCAAAUUGGGGGGAUACAAAGUCAUGUCUGGUACCUCUAUGGCUGCACCUUACUUCGCCGGCGCACAUGCUCUCUACAUCCAAGCAAAGAAAACCAAACCACGUGGUGAUGAUGUUCGCAAGGUCUUCAAGAACACAGCUACUUUCUUCAAGGAUCCGAUCACAAACACUUACACUUCGGCUGCAAAGCAAGGUGCUGGUCUGCUCAAUGUAUUUAAUGCCCUUACUGCCACAUCCUCCAUUACACCAGAUCACAUAGACCUUCUGGACACAAGCCAUCUCCAAAGAACAGUCCAGAUUACUCUUAGCAACCAUGGCAAGGGUACAGAGACUUACACCUUAUCGCAUGUACCAGCUGAUGCCCUCAACUCGUACCCAGGAAACAAUACAUUCCCUCUGCUACAGCCAGUCCUUGAGGCUGACUAUGCAUCCGUCACAUUUUCGACCACGUCGGUCAGGAUUCCAGCAGGCAGGUCUGCAACCGUCACUAUUCGAUUCCGCGAGCCUGCUGCCGGGAAGAGCUCUCAAUUCCCAUUGUACUCUGGUUACCUCACUGCGACCCCUACGUCCAAGGACGGUAUUCCUAUCAGCAUUCCUUAUAUCGGCCUCAAAGGAGAUGUUUCUCAGGUCCCAAUCAUGGAUACUAGCCUUGGGUUCCCGGCCUUGAGUGCUUUGGAUGUCGCGACUGGUAACCUGACCGAUGUCUCGAAAAAAGGCGAUUAUCUCUUUGACCUCACAUCCAUGAAGCCUGUGGUCUUGACUCGUCUGGGCUCGCAUACGCCUUCAGGGGAGAUCCGUAUUUAUGACUCCCAGAAUGUCUUCAGAGGGUACCUUAGCUCAAAGACUGGUACAGCUUACGGCCCCUUGGGUAGGCACAAGAUGGUAGAUGAUCAAGGUAAUCUUGUCUUUACGUCGAGAAUAUGGGAAGGCCAGGUUAUGGAGUCCAAGACCUCAACGGUACCUGUCAAACUACCUGCUGGUGUCUAUAGAAUUGUUGUUGCUUCUCAGAGGAAGUUGACUAAGGGCGUAUACCCUAAAGACUAUGAAGUGUUCGAGAUUGGUAAAGUCCAGAUCUAA